CUCUCACAGUCAUUCUACUCUUCGUUAAUGAAAACCACGGAGCCAUACGGAGUGAUCUUCUCCCACCCCUCCCACAUCUACCACCCCACGCACAUGCCCGCCUUCGCCCAGCCCCACACGCCCAGCAACGCCACGCACACCCAGCUGGAGCCCGUGGACCUGUCGGUCAGCAAGCGCUCCUCCUCCACAUCCUCGUCCUCCUCCCCGCCCUGCUCCUCCGCCUCCUCCUCCCCGGCCUCCUCGCGCAGCUCCCCGCCCUCCCCCUACAGCGCGGCGAGCCGCGCCUCCCCCCGCUGCUCCACCCCGCACGCCCAGCUGCGCUGCUCGCCCUCGCACGCUCUCCUGCCACCCACGCCCUCACUCCCCUACUCCGCCAUGGUGGGCCCCAUGCUCGGCUCUGGGUCGGGGGUCAUGAUGUCUCCGGUCAUGGUGCCCCUGUCUGUCCUCUACCCCUCGCCUCUCCACUUGCACCAGUCGAUAAUGGUGAGCCCACCCAUCCCCAGUGACGACGGCCAUCAUCGGAGCAGGGAGCACAAGACAGCUCACUGCGGCGACGCCCACAACCUGCACAAGCAAAUCAAAACGGAGCCCCGCUCUGAGCUCGCCCACGACCUCCACGGCGGCCACGAGGUGAAAUCGUCAGUCAUCAGGAUACCACACGAAUACGGGUGAGAAAGCAGCACCACGCGUUUCACAAGUUUCGCCGUCUGCUGCGGCGCUUCCCCUUUAACUUUAUAUGUACGUGGUGUUCAGAGGCUUCCACCGGAUCCCUCUCUGUUCCUGUUGUGAGCAUUUUGAAAGUUCAGGGGCAGUCCCAAGACUGGGACUGGGUUUUGUUUGAGAUACCAAAAAGUAUGAUUCAAUCCAGGGAGUAUCUAUGAACUACGAGUAUUACCAAGCAUUCAGUGAAAUGGGGUAGUUUGAGCACAUCAUUUCUUUUGCAAGUAAGUGAAUUGAAUUUUUGUAGAAAACACUAUUUUGGAUUUGAGUCCACAAACAAUAACUAUCUCCCUGCCCUGUAUGCUCUUAUUCACACAAUCUCUCAACGUGACAGAAUUUCAGGAUUAAUUUCUAAUUGGCUUCUUUGUCUCCAGUCUACUCUCUGCUGUCCUCUCUAUUAAUUAAAUGGCCACAAGUGUAGUCUCUCCAAGCUCCGUUUCCUCCCUUUCCUAAAGCCGCUUGGAGAAAACACAGGACCUGUAACGCAACAUGUGUCGUAAGCGACACGUGAACACACCGACUGUGAUGUUCUCGUUUCCCAUUGCCGUCAGGCAGCCACACCUCUCCCUGCAGCUCCUUAUCUUUCCAGUCAGCCACACUGUGAUCUCGUCACCUUCCACCUCUCCUUUCUUCCUCCUCUCCUCCCUCCUUCUUUGCUCCGCACUUCCUGUAUUUUUUGGGGGGUUUUCUUUAAGGCGCUCAUUGUCUGGCAUCUCCCACUCCUUCUUCGCUUCCCAUUCCUCCUCUCUUUCCUGUUUCCUCCUCCUCUCGUCGUCAUCUGUUUUGGUUCCCAUUUGUUCUCCUUCGCCAAAAUAACCGUUUUUUUUCGUCGAAGAUAUAAUUGUAAUCGUGAUGGAACGCUGCCAGUCAGUUGUUGCUCGUGUGUGUGAGAGUCUCUACUGUAGUCGUCAGGGCGGUUACCAUCACAGGCCGCUGUUGCCCUUGAUGACUGGGAAAUAAUUGGACCCUUGAGGGGGAAAAAAGUGGGUGUGUCUUUAUCUGUCAUCGCCUCUCCUCUCAAAAGACAAUGUAAAUAUACUUUAUGUACAUGGUAAAUAGGUCAACUCUGCCCAAUGUGUAUGAUAAUGAUGGGUUAGCCAAAAUGUGUGU